AUGAGUAAACAAAUUAUCAGUGUGGUUCUUUAUGGACUCUUCGGUCAAGGAAAAUCUUCUAUUGCUAACAUGUUUAUUCAGGGUGAAAUUCGUCAAAAUGACAAUAUGUUCGAAAUUAAUGAUGGUGUUGUUGGUGCGAGCGCUACAAUAAAUUUUAGUAAAAAUGAUGAUUUCAUGGUGUACGAUACUAUUGGUGUAGGUGAAACUGUAUAUGGAAAAGUUCCGCAUAAAGAGGCAGUCAGAGAUAAGAAAUUAUUUUACUACUUGUCAGAAACAUUAACAAAGAAUUUUGGAGAAUAUCCGAUUAUUCCGAUCGAUUUCCCUUGUAGUGAAGAAGAUGAUGAUAACGAUGCUGCUGUUCAACGACUAUUAUCAUCUAAAAUGAGGCUUAAGAAAGGUUCUUCGCAAACCCAAAUUCCCGGUUUUAUGGAGGAGACGCUUCUGGCCGAAAUUUAUAUAAUCCUGAAAUUAUUUGUUUCACGUAAUUUAUAUCUCGAAAAGACCAGUAUUAUCCUUUUUGGACUCCCUGGGCAUGGAAAAUCCUCUAUUGCUAACAUGUUGAUUCAAGGUGACAUUUAUCAUGAAGGAAACGCGUUCGAAAUCAAUGAUAGUAUGCAGAGUGUGAGUGCAACUAUAAAAAGUAAAACUAAUAAAGAAUUUAUAGUUUAUGAUACAAUUGGAAUAAGUGAAACGUAUUUUGGAAAUGUUCCGCAUAAGGAGGCUAUCCAAAUGACAAGAGAUUAUUUUUCUAAAUGUGAAGAUUCACUAAAUUAUGUGAUUUACGUUAAAAAGAAAAGCAGAUUUAGCGAAGAAGAUCAUAAUAUGUUCAAAUUAUUUAAAGAGAUCUUUAUGGGAAAUGAGAAAAAUUUCCUUAUUAUUAUUACGGAAAGUGAUCAGGAUUGG